AUGGAGAAAGCCAAUGUAUCUGUACUGAAUAACUUUUAUCUGAUCGAAUUGUCUAAUCUCCCAGAAGUGCGGAUUUCUCUCUUUGUGAUGAUUCUGCUGGUCUAUUUGAUCACCCUAGCAGGGAAUGGGGCUAUCCUCAUGGCAAUAGGGACGGAUGUUCACCUCCAUACCCCCAUGUAUUUCUUCCUCAGCAAUUUAUCUUUCCUGGAUGUCCUUUGCCCUACUGUCACUGUGCCAAAGAUGCUCCAGAUCUUCAUGUCAGAGGACAAGACCAUACCGUUCUCCGGGUGUGUGCUGCAAUUCUUCUUUCUCAUUGACGUGGUGGGCACUGAAAUUUUCCUGCUAGCCGUGAUGGCAUAUGACCGCUAUGUUGCCAUAUGUAGUCCUUUGCAAUAUGCAAGCAUAAUGAAUACACGUCUCUGUGCUCAACUGGCAGCAGGGACUUGGAUAGCUGGUUUUAUCAAUUCACUUGUACAUACCUCACUGACCUUUACAUUAUCUUUCUGUGGAUCCAACCAAAUCCACCAGUAUUACUGUGAUAUUCCCCCAGUGCUUGCCCUUGCUUACUCUUCUACCUACAUCACUGAAUUGGUGGUUCUUCUUGUGGCUGGUAUUUUAGGAAGUAGCGCUUUUGUAGUCACCCUGAUCUCAUAUAUCUAUAUCAUUUCUGCUAUCUUGCGCAUGCCUUCCGCUGAGGGUAGGCACAAAGCUUUCUCUACCUGUGGUUCACACUUGACCGUGGUUUGCCUGUUCUAUGGGGCCACCAUGUUCACUUAUGCACGUCCCACCUCAGCCUAUUCACCAAAGCAUGAUAGGAUUGUUUCCAUGUUGUAUGGGAUCAUCACUCCCAUGUUAAAUCCAAUGAUUUACAGUCUGAGGAAUAAGGAAGUUAAAAGGGCAUUGGUGAAAGUCCUCAGACUGAAAAGUUGUUUGCGCAGUGAUUAA